UUUUCUAUUUGAGUUUUCGAGAAAAUUUCGCCGAAAUGCCGACAUUUGUAGAGUUAGAACAACUUCUAGACAUUGCGCUCACAAGUCCAGAUGUAGGAACGGUGAAUUUUAACAUUUUGCGCGUGUUUCUGCACGAAAUCUUACAACACCUCAACAUUGGAAAUAAGAUUAUAGACAUCGAUGCCAUCGCUAGUGAACUGAAAUCUGCGUACGACUUCAUCAAGGAUGGGUAUGUGGAAGUUAGUCACGCUAAGUCUCCAUCACCGGUCAGGCCAAGCACUGAACCAGCUAGAAGACCACAAGUUGAGUCAACGGUGAGGGCGCAAACUGAGCCAGCAGAGAGAGACAAGCCACAAAUCAAAGCCGCUGACAGACCACGAAUUGAAGUUGAAACAGGGCAGGAGGGACAUCUGGAGGUAGAGCAAGGUGGAGAGGAACAGUCGCAAGUUAUGGUGGUAGAAAGUAAGCCCUCAGAGUCUCUGGUGGUGCCGGAAAGAAAUUUGUCUCCACUGCCGUCACCAAAGUUAGAAGGGAUUUCAGUCAAAGAGUCUCCAGCCGCAUCUCGGAGUGCCGUGAUGUUGUUAGGGAGAUCAGAUUCCCUAAAAAGCCUGAAGAAGAGAGUUUCAGAACUUCAAGAACGGGUGGAAUUCCUCGAGUCUCAACCUGCCAACACUACAACAGAUCCUGUGAGAUCCGCAGCUUCUUUGGUGCGGAAAGAAAGCAAGACGCCCGCUCAUGACUUCGUGGAAUUAAUCAACAUUAAGCGAAAGGUCGAAGCCUCCGAGAAUUCUCUGGAAGGUUUAACAGAGAUGGUCGAUGCUCUAACGUCCGAUGUGAACGAACUGAAAGAAAAUUUGCGGAAUGAACCGAAAGGAAGUUUUGAUGAUAUGCGCUCCGAUAUUGAAGAGCUGAGAAAAACCCUGAACGCCACGAAAGGGGGCAAUGAUAAACAAGAUGGAGGGCAAGGAAAACAGCUGGCAAAACUGGAAGAUAACGAGGCAAGGAUGGAUGGGAUAGAAAAUAUGCUUGCAAAUCUAAAGGAGGACAUGGCCGAACUUACGAAAAAAGCGGCGGCAGUGAGUGACGAAGAAGCGGGAACAGAUCUGCCAGAGACAGUUUCUGAAGCUCUGCAAACACUCGACAAGCACGAGGAACAACUGCAAGAAUUGGAAACUCAAAUUCGUGAAUUAAAAGGGGAACUUAAAGAAGCAGACGAGAAGUCAAGCGAGGUGGGGCAAGCUACUAAUGACACUUUGGCUACACUUGAAGUGUGCAAAGUGCGAUUCAACGACAUCGAAGACAAGCUAGCGGUUUUCGAGAAGGAGCUAAAGAGCGAAAGAUCUCUUAUCGAAGACAAUGAAAUGCAGAUUCAUCAGCUGAAGAACACUUGGAUGCUGAUGAAACGCGAUAGUUUAGAGCGAACGAACGAGGAGGCAGAAAAGAAACAAGAAGAAGAAAAAGUUGUCGCUGAGGUGGAAACUCCAACUCACAGGCAAGCCUCGCAUACCGUCGACCGUGGUGAACUGAGCCUGAUUCGAAGCAUGAUAUUUGACUUACAAGAAGAGAAAGACAAACUGAGGGAGGCCGACAUUCGUUUGAGUGACGAACUCUACAAAAAGCAAAGACACCUCGAUGAACUUUAUAAUUUGGUUGACGAACUGAGAGACGUUAAGGCGGAUAAAGAACUCCUUAGCAUGGGCUUUGAGUUGAAAGCUGACAAAAGAGAAGUGGAUGCAAAGAUUGGAAGGGAAGACUUCGAGCACUACAUGAGUCUUGUUGAUCAGUCCUUGCGAGACCUGCUGCAAAAAUUAGACGGCCAUGAGGAUGCACUAAAACACGCACUGGAAGGAGUCAACUUAAACGUCGGCAGAAAACUCGACAAAGAAGAAGUGGAACCAUUGAAACAUUACCUUGAAGCGCGCAUGGAAUCUAUGAAGCCUAAACCGGUGGAAAAACCGCCGCCGGAAGAGUCUGCUGCAGGCAUCCGUAAACAGUUCUUGGUAAAUCACAACUGUAUAUCAUGUGACCGCCCUGUUCAGUAUGCCAAGGAGGAGGCCUUCCCUCCAUUACCCACAAUUCAUUCUUUGCCGGGAUCAAAGUCGAGCCGUCCCUACACCACGUUCGAGCUGGAACAGAUACGUCAGCACAUGCUUCGGGGAGAACUGGGUGUUGGUAAGGAAAGAUUUGAGCUGUUGGAGAGGCAGCGAACCAAGCUACAGAAGGAAGUUUUACGACUCAGUGGAGCACGCAAUCUUCAAGAGCUAGCUGAGGUGACCGCGAGAGCGUGUGGUGGUAUUCACACCCUCACCUACCCCCACAGUCAAGCUGUUGUCCGUGGCCUUCAGCUGAACGGCGAGUUCGACUUCCUUGUGCCGCAGAAAGACUUUAAACCCGUGGAUAUCCUUGGACAGGACGGGCACAUCUAUAAAGGACUACUUGAUAGCCUCCCACCGACUCUUCCUCGCAUUCCACAAAAGAACAAGUCUCCUGGGAUGAAAAAUCCCCCACGAAAUCUACGGCGGAGUACGACCCCAACAUCAGCAAAUGUCCAAAAAUCUAAUAAAGGUUGGUGGACUUAUGAAGUAUGUUUUGGGAAGGGCAUUUACCAGUAUCACAAAGAAGGACAAGAAGUUGUUGGAGAUAAAAUAACUCUAGGAGUAUUUAGCAAUGAAACAGACUGGAGUCAAGAAAAAAUAGACAUAAAAGAAAAGCCCAAACCAGGAAAAAGUAAUGUAGUCAAAAGAUUUCAUUCCCAAUAUUAUGUAAAUGGGAGUGAAUGUGAUUUGACGGGCAAAGCAAGAGAAACACAAAUUAAGAUUUAUUGUGAUGAAGGAAUUGCAGAUGUUGUAUUAAGAGUGGAUGAACCAUCAUCGUGUUCUUAUGUGAUAACAGUCCAUACUAACAAACUCUGUCAGCAUAGUCUGUUCAGACCCAACCCUGCACAGAAACCACACGCAAUCACAUGCUCCCCUGUACUGUCAGAAGAACGCUACAAGAUAUACAUCGAAAGAAUUGAAUCAAGGAAAAGGGCUAAAGAGGAAGCUGAAGAAGCCAUGUAUCGGGCUCAGAAAGCAAGAGCUGCAAAGAAAAUUGAAAGUGAAGAUGAGCUUAUAGAACAAGAUGAAGAAGAAAGCUCUACAAAAAAGAAAAGGUCGAAGCGCAGCCAAGUUUGGCCGUGGGAGAACCCUGGAAUUGAAAGCGAAGAUGAGGUGUGGAUCGAUGGUAAUAUCAAGCAAGACGAGAUCGGUGUUCAUAGAUUGGACAUCACCAAAGGACGCAAAAAGAAUGCCGAUGGGUUUGAGGAAAGUGAAGGCAUUACUAUUAUGAGUCAAAAAAUGCAAAGAAAGAGAGAUAUAGAAAGGCAAAAGGGAGAAACGGAAGGCAACCUGGAAGAAAUAUCAGAACCCGAAGACGGGCAGAAACAAACUGAGCAGACAGAGAAAACUGCUGAGACAGAAAAUAUUGAAAGAGCGGGCAAUAAUAAAGAGGGAGAUGAAGUAGUUACUGAGCAGAAUAACGAGCAGGAAAGCAAAGAAAAGCCAGCUACAUCAGAGGAAGAUGGAAACGAGAAGGCCAUUGAAUCAAGUGGGACACCAAAUGGUGCAGGCGAGAAGAUCGAGAAAGAAGCAAGUGAGGCAGAGCAAGGUUUAGAUGAUGAGUGGAAGAAGAAAAUGGAAGAAGCAGUCCUGAAACUGAGGUCUACUCUGAAAGAGAAAUUAGUCAAACUAGGAAUCAAGCCCGAAGUUUUGGAUCAAAAAUUCAAAGAGAAGCUUGGAAGUGUUGCGGGAAAAGGGGGUGAAAAAGAUCACCCUGAGAGUCACACUGGAACAGAUGGUGGAAAAGAUGACAAACUGGAGGAAAAAGACACCAGUGUACCGCCAGAAACAGACCAGCUUGAACAGACAACGACGAAAGAUGCGUUAACGAGAACCAUUGAGGAGAUGAAGGUUUCUUGUUUGUUAUUUCUUUAUUCCUCUUUUCCCUAUAUCUCGACCGGAGGUGACAUUUGUUUACAUCUGUGUUCAUAUUGUAAUCUUCAUAGGCAAUUAGAAGAGGACAUGUCGUCUGUCAAAGAGCUCAACAAAGAGAUAUUCCGUGCAAUAGAAGACAAAGAAAAUACAGACACUAAAAGUGAUCUCUUACAACUCUCUUCCAAGACGAACAAACUGGUGAAAAAAAUCCUCUUACGACGUUUCCAGCUCGAGCAAGACCUCCAUUUCAUCAAAAAAAUGCAAAGUAAAGUUUCCCCGGACGAAGAGAACACACACUCGAGAGAUAACACGGAAUUCGGCGCUACAAAAGGUGGCAUCGACCAGGUUGUUAACAAGUUGAAAACUAUGAUUCAGGAUCUUGAUAACACCGAGGUGAGAAGUGAAGCUGGUUCGGAUAGUGCGGUUGAAGAUACAGUGAAUGAUAUUGAACCAGGUAGUUCCACCGCUGCUAGAGUUGAAGAUGCAGAUUCAGCUUCUAAAUCAGGCUUGUUUGAUCAGGGCGACUUGAGGACCGGAGUGAAAGUCAAAGUGUCUAAGAUCAAGAAGAUUUCUAUUCCUGAAGAUGACGAGGCCGAGUUGGAAGAAACUGAUCUUGACGAGGAAGAAAUGCAGGAGUUAAACAUGGACAAACGAAUCCGCCUGGCCACAAAGAAAAUGGAAGAGAUGGUGAAACAGGAGUUACGAGACUCGGGAGUUGUUCCUUCAGGCAAAAUACGAGUCAAGAUUGUGACGUCCAAAGAUGCACUGGAGAGCUUGGAUGGCAAAAGUGACGUGAGGCUACUCAGUGACAAAGAGGAAACUCAGUUCAGGGACAUGAUUCUUGGUUUGUUGGGGGGCAGCCCUGAAGCUGGAAAAGAGAGAAAGCGCCAACAAGAUUUGGAGAACAAUUACAACUUAGUUUGGAGUGAUGACGAGCUGCAGACAGUUCCACGAGAAGACGAUGAUACCGAUGGUGAAGUCGAAGUGGAAUCUUACUGACGCGUUUUUAAAUGUAAACUGUCUCUUCGCAACUGGUUCCUUUCUUCGUCAGAUUUAGAUGUUAUAAAUUACUUCGAGAAAAGAAACUACACGUGUAUAAGGGCACGAACUGUAUCAGUUUUUGAUUUAAAGUUGUGAACUACAAGAUGCCUGCGAGAUUCUCUGCCUGUCUCCUACUCCAAAACCAAAUUUAAGUUGGGACUUUGCCUCUGUGUAAUACGAAAAUACCAAUAAUAGUAUCCAUUUUAUGGCCCAAGAUGGUCUUUUCUUUAGAAUGAUUAGAGCAGGCGAUCCUUUGUUAGUAUUAAUCAGGACCCACAGCAAAGUUAACUAGAAAAUUAGCUCCAGAAAUUGACGAAGUGCACGAUGUGGUGCAAGUUGCCCAAAAUGUUUGAUUUAAAACUAUUCGCAACUGUUUUUACACUACAAGUCGUAAUGUUAAAUACAAAAUUGUUUAAUAAAAUAUUUAUUGAAAUAAA